CAGGUUAAUGUUUAGAGUGCAGAGUGAAUUAGGAGCGUGUUGAAGGCAGAGCGAAGCAUCACGCAGCUAAGAGUUCACGUUUCUUCACCAUCAUUAUCUUCAUCAUCAUCCUCCAUGUCGGUUCUUCCUCUACGAGUGAGAGUGUUCCGGCACGUGUGGAGGUUGAAGCGGGUCUUCAUCCUCAUCGUCAGCCCCUUCAUCCUGCUGCCCCUUGCACUCAGCACCACGGAGGCGGCGUGUGCGUAUGUCAUCGCGCUGAUGGCGUUGUACUGGUGCACUGAGGUUUUACCACUGGCGGUGACAGCGCUGCUGCCCACCAUCUUGUUUCCCAUGUUUGGCAUUAUGGAGUCCAAAGAUGUAUGCAUGCAGUACCUGCGGGACACCAACAUGCUGUUUGUGGGCGGGCUUAUGGUGGCCGUGGCCGUGGAACACUGGAACCUCCACAAGCGGAUUGCGCUGAAGGUUCUGCUGCUGGUGGGGGUUCGACCCGCCCUACUCAUGCUGGGCUUCAUGAGCGUGACGGCCUUCCUGUCCAUGUGGAUCAGUAACACGGCCACCACCGCCAUGAUGGUCCCCAUCGUGCAGGCCGUGCUGGACCAGCUCCAUCACCACGAAGACGCUGUCCCCCCCUCCAGGAAGCAGAGCAGCAUGGGGGUUUUCCACGUCAGUCUGCCGUUACCUGACACAGCCUCAAACACUCCACAUGGUUCUGGAAAGACUGGAGAGGGUGGGGACAUGGACGUUAGCGGAGCCGGUGAGACAGCCCAUGAGGAGGUGACGUCAGCAUGUCGUUCAAACGGCCAAGAGACGCUCAAACCGCCGCCACAGGACAAACCUCCAUCCAGAGUAGCGGCAGCCAUGCUGUGUCCAAUGGAGGAGGUAGAGGAGGCGAGUGGCGAUGAGGAGAGGAAGAGGCGGAGCAAAGGCCUCCUGCUGUGUGUGAGCUACGCCGCUAGCAUUGGAGGCAUUGCUACUUUGACUGGAACUGGACCCAACCUGGUUCUGGUGGGCCAAAUGAGCCAACUCUUCCCUCAGAACGGCGAUGUGAUCAACUUUGCGUCGUGGUUUGUCUUCGCCUUCCCCACCAUGGUUCUGAUGCUGGUGCUCGCCUGGUUCUGGCUGCAGUUUGUCUUCAUCGGCUGCAACUUGAGGAGGACAUGGUCCUGCGGGGCAGGGCCCACAGAGAAGGAGCGAGCGGCGUAUGAGGUGAUCAAAGACGAGCAUCACCGUCUCGGGCGCAUGAGCUACGGCGAGGUCAACGUCCUGGUGCUUUUCGUCCUGAUGGUGGUGCUGUGGUUCACACGAGACCCCCGCUUUAUGGAAGGUUGGGCCACACGCGUAUUCAACGCCAACGCAGAGUUCGUCACAGAUGCCACUGUUUCUCUUCUGGUGGCCGUCAUGUUGUUUGUUCUACCGUCUGAGCCACCGCGCUACCUGUGCUGCUGGAGAUGGAGCUCGGAUGCAGGCCCCGCCCCUCCCCUACUCACCUGGCAGGUGACCCAGAAGAAGAUGCCGUGGAACAUAAUGCUGCUGCUAGGCGGUGGCUUCGCGCUGGCCAAAGGCAGCGAGGAGUCGGGACUUUCUCGCUGGCUGGGCGAGCAGAUGACGCCGCUUCACUCCAUCCCACCGUGGGCCAUCACCAUCGUGCUCUGCCUCCUCAUCGCCACCUUCACCGAGUGUGCCAGCAACGUCGCCACGGCAACGCUCUUCCUGCCCAUCCUGGCCUCCAUGUCUCAGUCCAUCAGGCUGAAUCCUCUCUAUGUCAUGAUCCCCUGCACCCUCAGCGCCUCCUUCGCCUUCAUGUUGCCCGUCGCCACGCCGCCCAACGCCAUCGUCUUCUCCUCGGGUUACCUCAAAGUCUCCGACAUGGCUAAAACCGGCGUUGUGAUGAACAUCAUCGGGCUCUUGUGCAUCAGCGUGGCCAUCAACAGUUGGGGUCGUGUCUUGUUUUCUUUGGACUCCUUCCCUUCCUGGGCCAACAUCACGGAGCCCCUGUAGCUCCUCCCGCUUUGGCAACCUCUGGACUGGACCAGCGAUGCCGUGCAGCAACACACAUUAUUUUAUUUUAUUUGAAGUUCUCAAUCUUCCUGUCAGACCUUUGCCGAGGGCGGAGUCUGCACAUGACAAGCUGCUGAAAAAAGUUUAUUUUUUACUUUUUACUGCUCGUUAUUGUCACUGUUUGUAGUAUAACAACUGAUAACAUACCAACAAAUGUAUUUAUUUAUGCUUGAAUGGUAUACUACACUAACUUAUUUGCUAAUACACUACGUAAUAUACUAACCAUAGCACAAUAGUGACGUAAAUAAGAACAUCCGAAUCAUUUUUAAACUGACCUCACUCAAUGAUGAUCGCUAUUUUUUUAAUGACAGCUAUUAGUGAGUUUAUUUAUACAUUCCUAACCUGUAUGGUGACUUGGCAUACAGAAAACAAUAAAAUGUGUCAUGUAAUAUAGACA